UCUGUUUUGUGCUUGUUUUUAUUGUAAAUUGUAUUGUAUUGCAUUUAUGUGCUUGGUGUUAAUCAAGGCGACGUUGAUGCCUCAGUGCAGAUUACGCUCAAUAUUUCUCAGGCGGAGUAGUUCAUCUUCUCGACAUAGACGAGCUUUGGUGGCAUUUUUGCUGUGACGCGGCUCUUUCCUCGGCUCUAGCUCGCUGUCAGGGAAGAAGCCUCCCAUCUCUUCUUCUGGAUACCAUGUCCCUGCUCCAAUAAGCCGAUGUCAGGAGAUCAGACACUGUGGUUUUGUACCACACCAUGAGUAUCCAGAGUCUGGGAGGAGCCAUAGGGGAUUCCCUGGGCUCUAGCCUGGCGGUGCGUAUGAGCGGAGGGUGGAGUGCUCGCUCUCUCAAACCCGUUUCCUCCGGACGGAUCGCCUCCCUCUUCCAGACCAUGGUUCCCACCGGUUACACCAAGCUGCAGGAGGAGCGGCUAGCCAUGGUGGACGUCGGAGCCAAACCCGAGGCCGCCUCGCUGCAGAACGGCUACAGACAGGAGGCGUCUCACAUAGAAGGACGCCGGCUCCUGGACCGGGCCUCCCGCUCUUCUGUGACUUUAUCUGACUGUGGAGAUGGAGGCUACUCCGAGACAGAGCCCAUGCUGGCUGACAGGAGACUCUCAGCGGAGGAGGCAGAUGAAGAAGAAGAAGAAGAUGAUGAGGAGAAAGACGCGGUGGAGGAAAGGCCGAGAUCGGCUUCUCUCAACAUGCCCAAGGAGUCGCCGCUGGCCAUGGCGCUGCAGAUCUUGCUGCCAUUCUUGCUGGCUGGAUUUGGAACUGUAUCAGCUGGAAUGGUGCUGGACAUUGUGCAGCACUGGGAGGCGUUCCGGUACAUCACAGAGAUCUUCAUCCUGGUACCUGCUCUGCUCGGCCUCAAGGGAAACCUAGAGAUGACUCUGGCCUCCAGGCUGUCCACAGCGGUGAAUGUGGGCAAGAUGGAUUCUCCCAUCGAGAAGUGGAAUCUAAUCAUAGGCAACCUGGCCCUGAAGCAGGUCCAGGCCACAGUGGUGGGUUUCCUGGCCGCAGUAGCAGCCGUGGUUCUUGGCUGGAUCCCGGAAGGGAAGUUCCAGAUGAGCCACGCUGUGCUGCUCUGCUCCAGCAGCGUGGCCACGGCCUUUAUCGCCUCCCUGCUGCAGGGUUUCCUCAUGGUGGGUGUAAUUGUGGGUUCAAAGAAGACAGGCAUUAACCCAGACAACGUAGCCACACCCAUCGCCGCCAGUUUCGGUGACCUCAUAACCCUGGCGAUCCUGGCCUGGAUAAGCCAGGGCCUCUACAAGUGCCUGGAUACUUACCCGUACGUGUCGUCGCUGGUCUGCGCCUUCUUCAUGUGUCUGACCCCUCUGUGGAUCAUCAUCUCCUCCAAGCACCCGGCCAGCCGCACCCUGCUGUACUCCGGGUGGGAGCCCGUCAUCACUGCCAUGGUCAUCAGCAGCAUCGGAGGGCUCAUCCUGGACAAAACACUGUCUAACCCAAACCUGGCUGGCAUCGUGGUGUACACGCCGGUUAUUAACGGGAUCGGGGGCAACCUGGUUGCUAUUCAGGCCAGCAGGAUCUCCACUCACCUGCAUUUCCACUGUGCUCCUGGGGAGGUUCCUGAAGAGGCCAAGGGCUGCUACUAUCCCUGCCGCACAUUCUGGGGUACAGGAGCCAAUCAUCGCUCUGCUCAGGUGCUCCUCCUCUUGGUGAUCCCCGGUCACCUCAUCUUCCUCUACACCAUCCACCUGAUGAAGAGUGGACACACCACCCUGACCCCUAUCUUUAUGUCCGUCUACCUGGCUGCGGCCGUGCUUCAGGUGCUGCUGCUGCUGUGCAUCUCAGACUGGAUGGUCUACUCCAUGUGGCGGAGCGGCAAAGAUCCCGACAGUUUCUCCAUCCCUUACCUGACGGCUCUGGGCGACCUGCUGGGCACCGCCCUGCUGGCACUCAGCUUCCACUUCCUGUGGGUGAUAGGAGACCAGGACAGCGAUGUGGGCGACUGAGGCGGCGUUUGACUUCAAAGCUUCAGCAGUGGUGGAAAGAAAGGCCCCGUCUGUCUCCGCCACCCGACCUGGCGCUCCCGGAAGCUUUGUGGGAACGCUGGCCAGCACAUUCCUCUGCUCACUUCACUGAAACCACGACGUGGUUUUGGGAAGUAUUUUCUGCUCUUGGCUUUUUUUAAUUUUUAUGACACACAAAAGACAUUAUACCCACUGAAAUUAGACUGUUCCCAGCACAGCUUUUGAUCAGCAUAGUUUGCACCGAAGCACUUUCCUGUUGUUUUGCUGGUCUCGCUAAGAGGAGCAGGGAACCCCCCCCACCCCACCCCCACCGUGCUGAGGCUGGUUUACUCUGCAAGCAUCGGUCGGAGGUCUUCCACGUAAAAACAGCGUAAAAACAGCGUAAAAACAGCGUAAAAACUUGUGUGUUACGAUUUUGCAACAUCAAGUCAGUGGUGGGACACAGAGACGAUUACUGUGGAAGUUUGUCUGAGAUCAACUAAACCACCGCCUUGAGCUGCCAUGUGAGCAGGUGGCGGGGGGGGAAAUAACCUUUUCAACUGUCUAAAUGUACUCCCCAAAUAUUUUGUUCUCUGCCAGGCUACGGCUGGAUCAUUCCUCCAUGCACGUAUGCAUCUCUGCUGCCCAUAUCUUCUUUUUUUUUCUUCCUCAUUGGAGUUUUCAAACCAGCUCCCGACUGCAUGUUGGAUCUCGACUUCCAAAGGCUUUUGGGAGACCAGCAAGUAACUCAACUCAACUCCAGUCCUCCUGAUCGUUGUUGUAGCUCUCUAUUCAGAAUUUACAUGAAGUCUCAACAGUAAAGAUAAUGAGAUCAUUUAGUUUAAGAGUUGUUUAGUUGUUGAGGAUUGACCCUUCACUGCCCUGGAACAGUGAUUGCACAAUCAUUGCUUAGCCACAGUCACUGGGAUUCCAGGUCUGUACUGACACCUUUGGAUUUCUCCACAUGCUUAUCUUAUCCAAAACAAAUCCCACCCUGGAUCAAGUUCAGUCCAGCCAUCCCAGCAACUUUACCACAGAUACUGUUACGUUUACAGCAUGGUUUAGUCCUCAUCCUAAAAGUAAAGAGCCUACAGGUUGAAGUAUAGAGCUGCCAAAUGCGCUGGUCUUCUUUUAUCAGACUAGCCAUCUAGCUUUACACUGUAAUACAAAGACAUCCUGCGUUGGCGUACGUUGUUAAAAGGCUCCAGGAAAUGAUUAAGCAUUACAGCACAGCAGCCAUUGAAUGUCAGAAUAAAGUCAGCAACAGGAGCUAAGAGGAGCCGGGCUUAGUGAAAGGGCAAUUCCUGCUUCAGUUUCCAAAACCAAUUCCACGGAUACACUUUGUGUGUCUUUAAGCUUUACCCUCCUGGUAUGAUGUAAACGUUAACAGCACUUCUGAUCCUCAUCAUGUCCUCCUCUCGUUUCUCCUGUCUAGCAGCCUCCGUCGUGCACACAGAGCGGCAGGCUCAGGGAAUAACCGUUCCACUGUGGAUGUUCACACGCUGCUUUCAGUGCACGUGAGCAUAGCAUCUCCAUGCAUGAACACAACGAGUUAGCUGUUUUAAUGUCAGUUUAGGUUGAGUCUCUUCUUAUUUCAGACUAGUCUGAUCUGUGUUAACGUAACCUUAUUAAACAUAUUGUUCCCCUUUUCUGAAUGAUGUGUUUUAAAAGAUAAAGAUUAAUCCAACUGAAGCCGCCUGAUCAUUACGUUUCACCCUCUCAAUCAAACCCCUUAAUCUAAGCAGCAUAUUGUGUGCACGUGGACGUUCGCUCUCAUCAACUCCAAUAUGUGCCUCUUGAGAUUCGCUGGUUAACAAGGUAUUUCUCUCCGUCACGCCAUUAAUGCAAUUUUCUUUCUGAAGUUUAUAGUACUGCGCAGUGAAUUCCUUUUGCACUCUUUUUUCUUCUUCAACGGUAACGACCAUUGAGGAGUUUCAUUACUAAGUGAUAUCAUUUUAAUUGCUAUUAUGAAACAGCCUCGAGAGAUCAAAGUUGUUUGAAUCUAGAGGGUGACUUACAUUUACUAUAAAACCCUUUGAUUGGCUCAUGUUGGCCAAAACCGUCUGAAUAAAUGUCUUUUAAUUGAAAAUCA